GAGAGCUCCCUUUGUUUUAAUGUAGAAGGGUUUUCUUGUGGACAUCAAUCAACUUCUUUGUUAUUUUGUCACUGAAGCCACACGGAGACGAGAGCAGCAGCUAUGAGUUUAACAGCGAGUGGAUUUGUUGUCUUCCUUCUCUCUCUGCCAGUGGCAUCUAGCCAUGCUGAUGGUUCAUAUGAAGUCUGUUCCAUGCAGUGCGGUUAACUUAAAUGGGUGUUACUGGGGUUUGGCUCAUCAUGCAUAUUAAUCGUCUCAAGAGGAAGUCAAUCUUGUCUCUUAACAGUCUGAUAUCCGUCUUCUGCUCAUUGGUGACAGAGGAAAGGCAUCUUUCAACACAUGGUUCCUCCUUCACUUCUCACAGAGAUGAGAGGAGCAGCUAUGAGUCUAACUGCAGCAGCGAGUGGAUUAGUUGUCUUCCUGCUCUCUGUGUCAGUGGUUCAGGGUCAGGAUGAGUGGGGAGUGGCUUACACUUCUACUGAGGUCUGUGCAGUGAAAGGAUCAACAGUGGAGAUAAGAUGCAGCUACACAUACCCAUCUACAUGGAAUGGAAGUGUAAACACAGUAGAAAAAACAUUCUGGUCUAAACAGAAAGAUGGUGAACCUGUAGAUCUGACCACAGUCUCAGAGUAUGCAGGUCGUGUAGAGAAUCUCUGUGAAAACAACAUCUGCACUCUGAGAAUCAGAAACCUGAGAGAGAGCGACUCAGCUGUGUACUGGUUCAGGCUUGAAACAAACCGAGCAGGAGGAAAAUAUAGUGGUUCACCUGGAGUCACUUUGUCUGUCAAAGAUCUCUCGGUGCAGGUGGAACGCAAAUAUUCCAACAGUGCAAACCUGAAGUGUCAGAGCAGUUGUGAUUUACCUGAUAAUGAUUACGUCUGGUACAAGAACGGAGGAAACGCUCUGUCAGGAACAUCUUCUCUUCAGGUCGACUUUAAUUAUCUCGACAGCUAUUCCUGUGCUUUGAAAGGAUAUGAGGACUCUCUCUCCCCUUCAGUGUGUGUCACUGGUCGAGACAGCAACACACUGACUUAUACUGAAGGAAGUAUCUGUGCCCCCAAAGGAUCAUCAGUGGACAUUUCCUGCACGUACAGCAGUAAUGAAUGUAUUACAUCUAAAUUCUGGUUCAGUCCUGAGCGUCGUCAUCAGGGACAGAAUCCCUCUCAACCUGAGGACCUUAGUAAAAACUCCCAGGAUGCAGGUCGUGUUCAGAUCACUGACACAGAGAGAGGACGCUCCACUCUGAGGAUCUCUGACCUGAGAGACUCAGAUUCAGCUCAGUAUCUCUUCAAAUUCAAAACACCAAGCUUUGAAUGGAGGAGUGAUUUACCUGGUACAACUCUGACUGUCACAGCUCUGCAGGUGCAGGUGAUCAGAACAACUUACCGGCAGUAUAAUACCUAUGCAGAGCUGAAGUGUCACAGCAGCUGCAGUCCAGCUGGUGUUUCCUACGUCUGGUUCAAGAACGGAGAGAAAUUCACGACAACAUCGAUAUCUUCCUAUAAAGGCCGGAUUCAACUCACAGACACUAUCUCUUGUGCUCUGGAAGGUCAUGAAGCCUUCUCUUCUCCUAUAGUGUAUGCUCCAAGGAUUCCUUACUUGUCAAGACUCUCUGCUGAGAUAAAGGAGGGCAGUCCAGUGACUCUGACCUGUAGCAGUGAUGCUAACCCAGCAGCUAAAUACACCUGGUACAAGAGGUAUGGACAUGCAAACUUUUAUUAUUUCAAAAAAGGACCACAGCUUUUCUUCAGAUCCAUCAAGUCCUCUCACUCUGGAGAGUAUUUCUGUUCAGCUACAAAUGAGCUGGGGAGUAGCUCAUCUGAAAACAUCCGUAUUGACGUGAAAUAUGCUCCGAGGAUUCCUUUCUUGUCAAAACCCUCUGCUGAGAUAAAGGAGGGCAGCUCAGUGACUCUGACCUGUAGCAGUGAUGCUAACCCAGCAGCUACAUACACCUGGUACAAGAGGAAUCAAAAUGCACACUUUUCUUAUUUCAAUGAAGGACCACGUCUUGUCUUCAGAUCCAUCCAGUCCUCUGACUCUGGACAGUAUUUAUGUAAAGCUGAGAACAAGCUGGGGAGUAGCACAUCUGAAAACAUCUCUAUUUAUGUGAAAUAUGCUCCAAAGCCUCCCUCUGUGUCAGUGAGACCCUCUGCUGAGAUAGAGGAGGGCAGUUCAGUGACUCUGACCUGUAGCAGUGAUGCUAACCCAGCAGCUAACUACACCUGGUACAAGGAGAAUGGAAAUCGUAAUGUUCCUCCUCUCAGUGAAGGACCACGUCUCGUCCUCAGCUCCAUCCAGUCCUCUGACUCUGGACAGUAUUACUGCAGAGCUGAGAAUAAGCUGGGGAGUAUAAGAUCUGAAUCCAUCUCUAUUGAUGUGAAAUACUCUCCAAAACUUCCUGUGACUCUGACCUGUGGCAGUGAUGCUAACCCAGCAGCUAACUACACCUGGUACAAGGAGGAUGAAGACUCUCCAAAAGCUUCAGGACAGAUCUUCAACAUCAUUGGCUUCAGAGCUGAACACAAUGGGAGUUAUUCCUGUGGAGCCCAGAACGAGUUAGGACGUAGUAACUCCACCUUUCAUCUGAGUGUUGGAACAGGGAGUUCAACAAUGACAGUGAAUAUCAUCAGGACGACUCUGGGGGUCUUGAUUCUGAUUCCUGUGUUUCUCCUGAGUCUGUGGAUGAGGAAGAAGAAAGCUCUGCGCUCCACCACUGAAGCACCUGAACCUGAAGACAUCGAGUUGGACUCUGUUCCUGAGUAUGAGAACGACUCAGACACUGCAGCACAGACAGAAGACACAGAGGAGCAGGGAGACAUGGUGUGAAGUCCAGUCAGGUUAGAGCCUCCUGCAUCAGAUCAAACAGGCCCACUCCACAUUUAGAGUCACAGUUCCAGCUGUAACUUUACACAAAGUUUCUGUGAUUUUCUUCAGACGCUCACCUGAUGGAAACAAAGAAGAAGGACGUUGAAAUGUCCCUGUGGAGAGCGAGGCUGUGCAGGAUGUGUGCGAAGUGGAUAUAUUCACGUUCAACUCUUAAAGCUUUUAUAGUCAGUUUUCAGUAGCAGCAGCUUGUAGGUUUAGAAGAAUGAGCUGCUGGCAGCUUGAAGUGAAUCAUGUCGAGGUGUCAAACAUGAUUUAUCGUUAAGACCAGCCGAUGGUCAGGUGCUCUAUAUUACUGCUUCAACUAUGUGUACAUGCUUAUUUGUUAUAUGCAGAGUUGUUGAUAUUACAAAAGUCUCGUCAAAUAGUUUUUUUUUAA